GACUCUGUUUUACCAGGGGGAGAUGGAACCACUACUGCAUCCCAAAUGGCACCCUACUCCCUAAAUACUGGACUCUGUUUUACCAGGGGGAGAUGGAACCACACUGCAUCCCAAAUGGCACCCUAUUCCCUAAAUACUGGACUCUGUUUUACCAGGGGGAGAUGGAACCACUACUGCAUCCCAAAUGGCACCCUAUUCCCUAAAUACUGGACUCUGUUUUACCAGGGGGAGAUGGAACCACUACUGCAUCCCAAGUGGCACCCUAUUCCCUAAAUACUGGACUCCGUUUUACCAGGGGGAGUUCUUUAAGGGACAGACCAUGUGUUUUGUUUUAUCCGUCUGGAGGGAAACGGGUGGGUUCAGCCCAGUGGGUCAUGUGGUUCCACUGGUGUUGUUGUCAUGCAAUACUAACUCUGACCCUCCCGGUGGCUGUGUGUGUUUGACAGUCGUACCGUGACCCUUUGAACAGAAAUCAAUCAAUCAAUCAAUCAACCUCCCAGAUGUCCUCACUAAGGAGCCAGGCGGUACAGCAGGAUGUCUAUAGAAGCUGAGGCGUUGCUGCAGGAGGCUAAGGAGAGUAUAGAAGCAGCUCAGAAUUACAGGAGCGAACUACAACAACGCCUACAUGGACUCAGCCAAGCACGCAAACAGGUACGAGGCAGCUCGUCUCAGGCCAGAGAGGGGUUGAAGCGUCAUUUCUCAGAGCUCCAGACGGCUGUGACCCGCCUCCUGACGGAGCGUCUGAGUGUGCUCCUUAGCGAGGUGGAUGUCAUCGAGCAGGACAGCGUUCGACCGCUGGACGACUGCCAGAAACUCAUAGAACACGGAGUCAACACUGCAGACGAGCUGCUCCGAGAGGGUGAGGUAUAGAUAGACGGAGGGACGCAUGGUUCAAAUCCCGGAGCCCUUGAGCAAGGCACUUAACAAGUUGACCAUGGCCGUAACCCCACUCCCUGAGACUGUCUCAGGGGGAGUAGGAUAUGCAAAAUACACAUGUUC